CCUUCACCCUAGUCUGGAGCUGUUUCCUGUUUCGUCAUCAGACUGAGACGGAAACAGAUCGAACUGCAAGAGAUCGUCGUUGGAGAGAGUUCUCCGGGCUCGAGAUGCCUGUGACAGUGGGAUCAUAUGGCCAGUCCCAGCCCAGUUGUUUUGACAGAGUAAAAAUGGGCUUUAUGAUGGGCUUUGCUGUUGGCAUGGCAGCAGGUGCACUGUUUGGCACAUUUUCUUGUGUCAGGAUUGGCAUGAGAGGGCGAGAACUGAUGGGUGGCGUUGGCAAAACCAUGAUGCAGAGUGGUGGAACAUUUGGGACAUUUAUGGCUAUUGGCAUGGGAAUCCGCUGUUAACUUGGAUUUCUUUUCUUCUUUUUUACCAUGAAGACUAAUGUCCCCGUUAGCCCAGAUCCUGCUAUGUAAAAUAAUAAAACUUUGUACCAGGAAUAAAAA